AGGGCCUGUCGGGGCACAGCCCCCUUUUAUAGGACGAGGAAACUGAGGUCCAGCGGGUUCAAGUCCCAGUUCUGAGCGUCCAUGGCUAAGUCCUUCACCCUUGCUAAAGUGCCUGGUCAGGGGGACGGUUGUGAGGGUGCAGGAGGAGGCUUACCGUGGGUGCCUUGGUCCCAGACCCUGCUUCCAGGUGGGGCUGACACCUGCCCACCUUGAAGCUCAGUCCAGCCCCCUAGGUGGUGCCCAGGUCCCGGAAAGGUCAGGGCUCACCCUCAAAUCCCCCAGCAGGCCCAGGAGCCAAGCCAACCUCUUUCUUUCAUUGAAUACAUGUGAAUCACCAGCUGUGUGCUGGGAGUGCCCCGGGGAACUUGGGGAUGAGUUACGAGAAGCUUCCCCUCAAGAGCUCAGACCACUUGCCUAGGGAGACAGGCCAAGCUAUGCUCAUAGGCACCCCAGCCCCAGGACGACCCUUGACCACCUUCAGCCAAACUAUGUGUGCCCAGGGUCCCCCUGGCCAGCUGUCCCCGGCACUGCCUCUCGCCUCCUCAGUCCUGAUGCUGUUGCUGAGCAGCCUGUGGCUGGCGGGGGCCGGCCCCAGCCUGGCCCUGGCCCCGGAGCUGCUGCUGGACCCGUGGCAGGUAUACCGGCUGCUGACCCAUGCCCUGGGCCACACGGCCCUGCCCGGCCUGCUCCUGAGCCUGCUGCUCCUGCCUGCCCUGGGGUGGCAACAGGAGUGCCACCUGGGCACGCUGCGGUUCCUGCAUGCCUCCACCCUGCUCGCCUUGGCCACUGGCCUGCUGGCUGUACUGCUGGCAGGCCUUGGGGUGUCCAGUGCAGCCAGCAGCUGCGGGUACAUGCCUGUGCACCUGGCCAUGCUGGCUGGGCAGGGUCACUACUCUAGACAGCCCCAUGGGGCGCUGCCACCAUGGCUGCUGCCAUGGCUGCUCCUCGCCCUGACCCCAUUGCUCAGCUCUGAGCCACCCUUCCUGCAUCUCCUUUGUGGCCUCCUUGCUGGCCUGGCCUACGCCGCUGGGGCCUUCUGGUGGCUGGAGCUGUCGGAGCAGCGGCUGCAGGCGCUGCAAGAGGGCGUCGUGUGCAGGACCCUGGCAGGGUGCUGGCCGCUGAAGCUCUUUCCCACCCCAGGCAGCCUGGCUGAGCUGCCUUUCGUCGAUCCUGCCAGAGUGAGGCCUCCCUUCCCUGGGCCUCCUUACGUGGCCUCCCCUGGCUUCUGGUCCCACAGUGAAAGCACAGGCCCGUUCCCGCUGGGCCUGAGGCCUGUGCAGCCGACCUGGGAGGGCUCCUCGGAGGUGGGCCCGGACUGGGCCGGGGCCAGCUUCUCCCCAGGGUCUCCGCUAUGGGCAGCCCUGGACGAGCAGAUGCUGCAGGAGGGGAUCCAGGCCUCGCUCCUUGACGGGUCGGCCCAGAGCCCACUAUGGCUGUCCAAGUCCUCCGUCUCCUCUCUGCGGCUACAGCAGCUGGAGCGCAUGGGCUUCCCCACGGAGCAGGCGGUGGUGGCACUGGCAGCCAUGGGCCGUGUGGAGGGUGCCGUGUCACUGCUGGUUGGUGGGCAGGUGGGCGCAGAGGCCCUGGUGACCGAGGGGAGAGGUGGGCUUCCCCACCCUGAGGGCCCUGGGCCCCCCUAGCCCAGGCGGAAGGUGGGAGCACCGGGCCCUUGGGUGAUGAGGUCUGGCCCAUAGGUGGGCCUGACCUGAGCCCCCACUCUGUCUACUGAGGGCCACCGGGGGUAUGGGGCACCCCUGGGGGCAGGAGAGGCCCCCCAGCAUGCUGCCCUGGUACUAUUUAAAAUAAAAGUCAGUUUGUUUUUCAACCUGGA